AUGGUAACAGAUGCAGGUGAAGAUUUAAUUGUGCACAAGUUGCCGAUAGAAGCAGAUAUACUAGUUGCAUACUCCACAGUACCAGGUUUUUUUGCUUGGCGUAACUCCUCUUCAGGCAGUUGGUUUAUUCAAGAACUAUGUAAUGCACUUGAAUCCGAUAUGAAAAGUGCGAAUCAUUCAGAUAUUAUGUCUCUUCUCACAGUAGUUGCCCGUGUAGUAGCCUAUCAAUAUCGGUCGAAUACAGGUCAAAUUGAAACGGAUAAUAUGAAACAAAUGACAAGUAGUGUUAGUACUUUAACACGAUUAUUUUACAUAAAUGGACCACCAUCAUGAAAAAAGCUGAAGGUUCGCAGUAAUUUAAGAAAUAGACUUCAGGAAAAUUAACAUAUCUUUCAUGAAAAAUAGACGCUCGUCUAUACUUCCUAACAAAAUCUAGAAGUUGCACGAUUGUUUUUUGUUCUUAUCACACGCAUAUUCACAUUGGAACUUUUAUUUCUUUAAUGAUUGUAUCUGAAAACCAUUUUUUAGAAGCAUUAAUGCAAAGCGCUUUUUUCAAUUAAAUCAAUAACUUUAAGACGAAUCACCAUUCC